AUGGUGUCAUCACAGAGCAAAGAGGCCAGUGUACAUAUGACGGGAAUUAGUCAAGAUCCCCCACCAAAAUUUGAUGAACGUAUGGCUAAGAUGGCCGAAGCUCAAAGAAUCUUAAUGGAGGAAUGUCGAAAUCUCCGAGAAGCUUUGACCACUCUUGCUCAUAACAUGAUUCAAGCAACGGUCCCGCCAAUAACAACCACUAUGAACGAACAAGAGCGACAACCUGAAGCUCCAUUACCACAAAAAGUAGGAUUGCACGGUUCUGCUCCGGUUGCUAGGAUAAUAACGCAAGAGGAGAUGCAACGGAUGGUUGCAGAUAUUAUCAGAGAUUGUGAAUAUACUGGGAGGUUCCGAUACAGAACACCAUAUCCAAGAAAGGUAGAAGAUGUUCUAUUUCCAACAAACUUUAAGCAGCCAGAUUUUCAGAAAUUUAAAGGAGAUGAGUAUCCAGAAGAACAUCCCGUCCACUUCAUCACUAGUAUCGAGAAUUUCUCCACUAUUCCUCAAUAUUGUCUGCGGUUGUUUAGAUCUUCUUUAAUAGGUAGAGCAUUUCGAUGGUAUUCUGAUCUGGCGCCUGAGUCAAUAAGAACUUGGGAACAGAUGCAAGACACAUUUAUAUCCAAUUUCUUCUCAUCAAAAUACGACGUCACUAUUGCAAAAUUGGCCUAUGUCAGACAAAAAAAAAAAAAAAACAAGACCAUGGAGAAAUUCAUUGACAAGUGGAAGACGUUAGGGGCUUCAUGUAAACAGUUACCAGAAGAAAAAAAACAAGUGAACAUGUGUUUGAAUUCUAUGGAACUGAGAAUUGCUUUCGGGCUCACGAGUGCUGAUAUAAAGACUUUCUGA